UCGUCACUCGGUCUUUUGUCCAUCAAUCCCUCUCUUUCCCAUCGCCAGAUCACCUGGCCGGCCUUCUCCUGCAAUGGAUGCUACCAUGGCGUUCACCUCCGGAAGCCCUACCCCCACGCGCUUCUACUCUUCAGCUUUGCUAUCGUUGCGCACCCCCAAGAGCCUCUCUGUCUACGGCCCAUGGCGAUGGCGUGGGCGUGGGCGCCCCCUCCUCGCGCUCCGGCAUCGGUCCCAGGCCCAGGCCGCCGCAGCGGCGGCCGGGGCGGCCGAAGCCUCCCACCACGAUGUUGUAGUUGUGGGCGCUGGAAUCGUAGGGCUUGCCAUCGCGCGCCACCUCCUCCUCCACACUUCGCUCUCCGUUGCCAUCGCCGACGCUGCCGUCCCCUGCUCUGGUGCCACAGGCGCAGGUACUCUUCCUUCGGCGCCUGCGUUGAUGCUUCGGUGCUUCAGGCUUUAUGGAGUUGGAUGUAAUACAUCCUUUGGCGAGCCUCUGGCUUCGGGUUUCUACCUUGGGUGGGGUUCGUUGUGUGCAGGGCAGGGAUACAUAUGGAUGUCGCACCGGACGCCGGGGACUGACACGUGGGAGCUGGCGCUGCGGAGUAAGCAACUUUGGGAGGAGCUGGCGACCGAGGUUGACGGCCAGGGAGGCGGCGGAGCACGGGAGAAAUUGGGGUGGAUGAGGACAGGAAGCUUGCUAGUUGGGAGAAGUUCGGAAGAGCUGGGCACAUUGGACGAAAGGACCAAGGCUCUGUCUCAGGCAGGCAUACAUGCGGAAUUCUUGUCAGCAUCUUCAUUACAUGCAUUAGAACCGGCACUCAGUGUAGGGAAAGAUGGCGGUGCUAUGUUCUUGCCGCAAGACUGUCAGAUUGAUGCAUUCCAGGCUGUCUCUUUGAUUGAGAAGACCAAUAACUCGUAUUCCUCAGAAGGAAGGUAUAGGGAGUUCUAUAAUGAUCCUGCCAUGUCAUUAAUAAGAUCGGACGUUACUGGAAAAGUUGAAGCUGUCCAAACUUCCAGAAACAUAUUGUAUGGCAGAAAAGCUUUUGUAAUUGCUUCUGGUGCCUGGACUCGAUCCUUAUUGCAUAGUUUCGUAGAACCAGCUUUGACGUUGGAUAUUCCUGUCAAGCCACGAAAGGGUCAUCUUCUUGUGUUGGAGAAAUUCGACAAGGUUAAGUUAAAUCAUGCCCUAAUGGAGGUUGGAUAUGUUGACCAUCAGAUUACAAAGUCAAAUAGCACACACAUAGCUUCAGAAUCUAGUGAAGAUGAGCUUGGUGCUUUAUCAGUAUCAAUGACUGCAACCUUAGAUACAAAGGGAAAUUUAGUUCUAGGAAGCAGCCGGGAGUUCAAAGGUUUUUCGAGGGAGGUUGAUAGAUCCGUUGUUCAGUGUAUAUGGGAACGUGCAGGAGAGUUUUUUCCUGCAAUGAAGAAUGUUUCUUUUGAUAUUGAUCAGAAUACUCAAAUCAGAAUAGGGCAUCGUCCAUACAUGCCUGAUGGAAAGCCAGUUAUUGACUUUAUUCCUAAUCUCUCAAAUAUUUUGAUUGCAACUGGACACGAAGGAAGUGGACUUACUUUGGCACUAGGCACUGCUGAAAUGGUCACUGAUAUGAUUCUUGGGAAUCCUGGAAAAGUGAGCUACUCACCUUUUUCCAUCAAACGCAGAUUUUCAGGAUGAUCGUUUAUCCGGAAACCCUCCUUCAGCUCUUCAAGUGACAAACUACCGUCCUUGUUUUUGUCCAUUGUAUGGAACAUCUCUUUGAAUUUGCCAAUCUCUUCCAUCGGUAAAUUCAUGGCGACGACCUGCAUUAAUCAUUGGCAAAAAAAAAAAGAGAGAGAUCAGUCGGCCUGUCGCUUGAAGGAAUUAAGGGUAGUAACAGCGAGUUAUCUGCAACUUACUCCAAGUGCCUUCUUCUUAAGCUUGUUCAUAGACGACAACUGCUUCAGCCUCGACCGAACAACCUCUCCGAGUGACACAUUUGAAGCCUUAUCAGCAUUCUUGAGCCAAGGGUGCUCUGUUUUUUUCCACGAUAAAGUGCUUAUGGUUAAAUACGCAGCAUGAUUAAACCAUUUCGGUUUUUUUUCUUCAAUGAUGGCAAUAACAGGCUCUUCAAGAAAAACCUUGUUUUUUUUUCUAGGAACGGAUGCAGCCUGCCCGUUCUAUUUGGUUUUCAGUAAACUUAUAAGAUUGAACUUAAGGCUACUAA